CCUUCCUUCUCUUCAACAAUCUCUCCUACCGUCGAUCCAUCGAGCUUCCUCCUACCUUCCUCCAUCUCCUUCUCUCUCCAAUCUCCAUCUCGAGCCCGAACCUCGCUAGCUACAUAAACAAAAUCCCGAGGCACUUUUAAACAAGUACUAGGAGAAGAGAAGGGUGGAGGUAGAGAGAGCAAGUGAUAGGGGAGACAUGGAGGUGGUGGUGCCUGUGAUGGCGCCAAGCGCGCCGUGCAGCCCAAGAACGGCGGCCGCCAUGAGCGGCACCGACCUCCUCCCCGGGGGCUACCACUACUUCUUCUCCAGCGCCCCGACGAGCCCGUCCAGGGCGAGCAGCUACACGGUGGACGACCACGACGCCGCGACGUUCGACUUCGCGUUCGGGUUCAGCGGGCAGCUGCAUGAGUCCAGGCCGAUCCUCGCCGCCGCCGACGAGCUCUUCGAGGGCGGUAGGAUCCGGCCGCUCAACGGGCCGCACUCGAGCGUCAGCCCGCGAGACUUCGACGGGUUGGACUACCCCUCCGUCUCCCUCUCCCCCCGGUCUCCGCGAAGAUCAAGAACGAUGAUGGCGGUGCGCGGUGAAGCGGGGGAAUCGGAGUCGGCGGCUGAUCAGAAUCAGACGAGGGGCAGGUCCGGCCGGCCGGCGCUCGCCACCUCCACCUCGAGCGUCUCGUCUCGGAGCAGGCGAGCCACGCGGUCCCUCUCCCCGUACAGGGGAGACUCCAUGUCCAUCGACGACGAGUUCCCCUCGUCGCCUCCGUCUCCCCGAGGAGCCGCCUCCCUGAUGCGCGGCUGCGGCAGCAGCGGCAGCCGCAAGUGGCGGCUCAAGGACCUGUUCCUGUUCCGGAGUGCGUCGGAGGGCCGCGCCAGCGGCGGCAAGGACCCGCUCCUCAAGUACAGCAUGCUCAAGGGCGGCUCCGGUUCCGGCGGCGAGGGCAGCGCGUCCAUGCGGAUCAAGGGGAGGGGCUCGGCGGCCUCGGCCAGCGAUAUGGCGCCGUACACGGUGAGCCGGGCGGCAGCCGAGGAGAUGCGGCGGCGGACGACGACGCCGCUGCCGUUCCACCGGAACAGCCUCUUCGGGUACCUCCGGUCCAACCCGGCCAUCCACACCAUCAGCAGGAAGCUCAGCAGCUACUCGUCGUCCAACCGCGGCAGGAAUGCUUCAUCAAGUACUACUACUGGAUACGCGCAUGCAUGAUCGAUCGAUGCUGCCUAUCUUGAAAACAAAAGAGUUUGAUUCGUUCGUUUCUGCUUGAUCUGCUCCUCCUGCUAUGUAAUUCUUUCGUUUCCUGUGUGAAUUGCCACAAAGGUUUUCAUGCUGGUGUAGAUAUGUGUACCUACGUACAUGGGAUUCGCAAAGAUUCCGGAAAUUACAAAUUAGUAUACGUUUUUGCUCAA